GAAAGUAUGUUACUCUAUCCUUGUCAGCAGUUCUUUAAUAGUUUUGCUAGGUCUUCAGUGGAGCACAAAAGGGAAGGCCUACGAGGAAAAAGAUUUACUCAUGUACAGGGAGAGGGUGGUUAAAAUGUUUCAUCAUGCCUAUGACGGGUAUCUGAAGUAUGCCUAUCCCUAUGAUGAACUCCGACCCCUGACAUGUGAUGGGCAUGACACCUGGGGAAGUUUUUCUCUUACACUGAUUGAUGCUCUCGACACCCUGGCUGUCAUGGGGAAUUACUCUGAGUUUCAGAGGGUGGCAGAGCUGUUAAUCGACAAAAUCAAUUUUGACAUCGAUAUUAAUGCAUCUGUGUUUGAGACAAACAUUAGAGUCAUAGGUGGUCUCCUGUCAGCUCACCUGUUCUCAAAGAGAGCUGGUCUGACCCUAGAGCCUGGCUGGCCAUGUUCAGGCCCUUUGCUGAGGCAAGCUGAAAAUGUGGCUCGUCGCCUUUUGCCAGCAUUCAACACUUCAACUGGGAUGCCAUACGGCACAGUUAACCUGAAGUAUGGGGUGCCUAAGGGGGAGACUGCCGUGACCUGUACAGCAGGGGUAGGGACGUAUAUCGUGGAGUUUGGGGCACUGUCACGACUCACGGGCGAUCCAGUCUUUGAGGAAACUGCGAUGCGAGCUCUAAGGGCACUCUGGAAGUCAAGAUCAUCUAUAGGAUUGGUUGGUAAUCACAUUGAUGUACAGAGUAACAAGUGGACGGCCACGGAGGGGGGAAUUGGGGGUGGCGUGGAUUCCUACUUUGAGUAUCUCGUUAAAGGAGCAGUCAUGUUCCAGAACACAGAGCUUUUAAAAAUGUAUAGAGAAUAUGAGUCUGUUUUGGAAACCUAUGUGAAAAGGGAUGAUUGGUACAUGUGGGCCAACAUGAAGAAAGGGGGAAUAACUCUGCCAGUGUUUCAGUCUCUAGAUGCCUUCUGGCCUGGAAUGCAGAGUCUUGUUGGAGACAUUGAGAAGGCUGUGAAGACCAUCCACAACUUCCACCAGGUCUGGCGGCAGUUUGGCUUCACACCUGAGAUUUACAACAUCCCUAAAGGCGAGGCACACCAGGGCAGGGAGGGCUACCCACUUAGGCCAGAGCUAGUUGAGAGUGCUAUGUACCUGUACAGGGCCACGAGAGACCCGUACAUGCUGGAGAUAGGCAUAGAUGUGCUGGAGGCCAUUGAACACAGCACCAAGACAGCGUGUGGCUUUGCUACUGUGAAAGAUGUUACAAGUCACUCCCUAGAAAACAGAAUGGAAUCAUUUUUUCUGGCAGAGACAACAAAAUACUUGUAUCUUCUGUUCACACCAGAUCAUUUCAUUCACAACACUGGUAACCAUGGGGAUGUGGUCCAGACCCCAAAUGGAGAAUGUGUCUUAGAUGCUGGCGGUUACGUCUUUAACACAGAGGCACAUCCAAUAGAUAUGGCUGCUAUGUACUGUUGUAGUGCUCAGAAAAAGCAAGAUGACCAAAUUCUUCAAGACUUGCAUGAUAAUCUAGAUUUGUUAACUCUUUUGGACAUAGUAGAUCCAUCAGCUGAUCUCUUUGCUGGUGGCAAACUUGAGAAAAGAAGGAAAAACAUCCAGCUGCAGCCAAAUAAGCCCAAAACUGUGCUGCAGCCCUUUAGUGACACACACCCAGAUGAGGGGGAGACAACUGCUGAGACAGAAGACGAAUCAGCCCUUGAUGAGGAAGGUGCCGAUGUAGAUGAGGAAGACUACAGUGUUGAUGAUUCAGCAGAACAUUACAUAUCUCGUCAGGACGGUGUCAGUGCCACAGAAGAGGACUCCUUUGACACUGAGGGGUCAGAUCAGAGUGUUGUCGUGAUGACUUCUGAAAACAAAUCACCAGCUCAAAGCUCGUCAGUUUCCACGGAUGGUAAGCAAGGACAAGAGGAUUCCAUGACGAAACAGUUCAUGUUUGAUCAGAAGACACAAAAACUAAUGAAACAAGUGAGUUCUAAGUUGAAUGUAGAUUUCAGUCGGCUGACAGAGUUUGUGCAAUCUUUGGGAAGAAAGGAGACCUCAGACAAAAAGGUGGAAGGAAGGCAUGGAACAGCGCAACAGCCAUCUGCAGCAGAAAUACCAAAUAAGGGCAUUGGUGAAGCCGAUGGGACAGGGGAAAGCGAGGACGAGAUCACAGUCACCCAGGAUGGGGAGUGGGUGCGUAUACAAUCAGGAGGGGCAGGUAAGGCAGGCAAGGCAGGCAGCACUGCAGCAAGUCACCAAGACUCUUCUCAUGAUAAAACUGAGAAACUCACAACAGUCAAUGCCCAAGUGCAGGCCUUGGCUACCAUGAUUAGAAAUGUUUUAAAUUCAAACUCAGAACAUACGUUCUCAGGAAAUUCUGGAUUCAGUUUUGGAAGUAAAACUGAAGGAAAAUCGAGAACUGAAGGGAAAUCGAGGACAGAUGAAAAGUCAGAGGCAGAAAGUAUAGUUGAUGAUCCUAUAUUUGGAGACGAUAAGCCAGAGCAAUUGGUUUGCCUCGCUCUGCCAUUCCACAUGAGACUGUCCGUCAUGGGAGAGAUGUUUGGGGAGUAGAGCAGAGUGGACAGAUUUGGAGACGAUAAGCCAGAGCAGUUGGUUUGCCUCGCUCUGCCAUUCCGCAUGAGCCUGUCCAUCAUGGGAGAGAUGUUUGGGGAGUAGAGCAGAGUGGACAGUGAAAGGGUAGAAGGGGACCAUUCUACAUGGAACUGUUAGUUA